AUGGCCACGAGAGAUGGUAUCGAGGAAGGGGAAGUUGGGGAUAGCAGACGCGAGUCGCAAGCUGCUGACGAGUUUAACGUGAAUAAAGUGGAAGGUCUCAACCAGGCAAAUGUUGGUACGCUUCAAAGACGGUUGAAGUCUCGACACAUUCAAUUCCUCGCCUUGUCUGGAGCAAUUGGAACGGGCCUCUUCGUGGGAGCAGGUCAGGUCAUAUCCCUAGCUGGGCCAUUAUCCGCCGUCCUCGCCUAUUUUAUUACUGGUUUCAAUCUUUAUGCUGUCAUCAACAGUAUGGGCGAGAUGGCUACCUGGCUUCCACUUCCUGGUGCUGUCCCUGUUUAUGCUAGCCGGUUCGUGGACGAAGCGUUGGGUUUCACCCUGGGCUGGAAUUAUUGGUACCAGUUCGCUAUCGGUGUUCCCAUCGAAAUCAGCGCCGCUGCUCUUGUCAUCGAUUACUGGCCCAACGGCGUCUCUUCUGCGGUCUGGAUCACAGUUCUAUAUAUCGCAAUCUUCGCCAUCAAUAGUUUACCUGUUCGCGUCUAUGGAGAACUGGAAUUCUUUCUUGGGUCCAUUAAGCUUCUCACCAUAAUAGGUCUUAUGUUGCUCAUGUUCAUAAUCACUUUAGGGGGAGCUCCUAACCAUGAUCGCAUUGGGUUUCGUUACUGGCAAAUUCCAGGUCCGAUGAAUACGUAUCUCGAAGUUGGGUCAUUGGGGAGAUUUUUGGCGUUUUGGAAGGUGUUUAUCCAAGCAACAUUCAGUUAUGGAGGCAGUGAAAUGGUCGUGGUGGCGGCGGGUGAGACUGAAAACCCGCGUCGAAACAUCCCGAAAGCCGUGAGGCGAGUGUUCUGGCGUAUUGCGAUUUUCUACGUCGGGAGUAUUUUUCUCGUCUGUCUCUGCGUAUCGUCGCGCGACCAUCGACUGCUCAAUGCUAUAAACUCCGGUGCAUCUGGAGCUGGAGCCAGCCCGUUUGUCAUUGCUAUUGAGAACGGUGGUAUAAAAGUGUUACCAUCCAUUAUAAACGCAGUCAUCCUCACCUCAGCAUUAUCAGCCGGAAACUCAUUUUUCUACGCGUCUACUCGCAUUCUCUACGCCACAGCACUGGAUGGCAAAGCGCCUGCAAUCCUUAAGUAUGAGAAAUUCGGCGUGCCAUACGGAUGUGUCGCCGUUACAGCUGCUCUCAGCCUACUGGUUUAUCUCAAUGUCUCAUCGAGUUCGGCGGAUGUUUUCUUCUGGAUUAGCAACCUGAGCUCCGUCAGCACACUGAUUGUAUGGUCUUCUAUUGCAAUCACAUACAUACGGUUCCAUAGGGGGCUCAAGCAUCAUGGCAUUCCGCGAUCAUCGCUUCCUUUCAAGUCGCCUUUCCAACCAUACUUGGCGUACUUUGCUGUAUUGUUUUCUUCAACGGUUGCGCUUUUCAAUGGCUUUGAUGCGUUUUUCCCAGGGAGUUUCAGCGCCAAAACCUUCGUUCCGCCUUACAUCGAUAUCCCCAUCUUUGCGAGUCUGUUCCUAGGUUACAAAUUCAUCAAAAAAACAAAGUUCGUGAACAUUGAAGAUAUGGACUUUUGGUCUGGGAAAGAGGAAGCAGAUGAGUUGGAAUCGACCUGGGUAGAGCCGAAACCUCGCAAUUUCCUUGAACGAAUCUGGUUUUGGAUUGCAUAG